GAAAAUCACGGAGCUGGGACCUUACCACACUCUCUCUCUCUCUCUCUCUCUCUCUUUCUCCGACUUCUUUCUCCGCGUGCGUCCUUCCCAGAAAUGCGCGUAAAGGCGAGAGGGCGCCUGGAGUGUGCGUAAAAAAAGAAAAAAAAGAAAAAAAAAAAACCGACACGGAAGGGUUGGGAUUACAGGAGGGGAAUAUUUCAACACAAGACGCCGAUUGAGGACGUUGUUUUUUUUUUUUUUUUUGGUUGAUUUUUUUUGUUGUCAUUUUGUGCCCGGGAAUGGCGACGCUCUGACCGGGGAAGAAUAAUGCACGGCGACGCGCCCGAGUUGGUUUGAUUCCACUCACCGCGCGUCCGUGUCGAAAACAAAAAGUCCACGGCGGAGAACAUCCUCAUCUUCAUCAUCCCUGCGAGUUUGAAGGACUUCUUCAACAUUUCCCCCCCCCCUCCUCCCUCCUUCUUUUUUGAUUCCAAACUCUCCUUUAAGUGCGCACUUGGUUGCGAAGCACUUGGAUGAACUUCCUGAUGAGAGAUCCAGUCAUCCAGGGCUCGAGUAUGGCGUAUCAUCCGUUUAUACCUCACCGGGGUCCGGACUUUGCCAUGAGCGCCAUGCUGGGCCACCAGCCUCCCUUCUUCCCCGCGCUGGCGCUGCCUCCCAGCGGCUCGCUCUCGCUGGGCAAGCCGAUCAUGGAGCAGCUGAUGGGGGGAGCGGCGGACGCCGGGCUGCACUUCUCCUCGCUGGGCCACCAGGCAGCCGCAGCCGCCGCCGCCGCCGCAGCGCACCUCCGGCCUCUGAAGAGCCUGGAGCCCGAGGAGGAAGUGGAGGACGACCCCAAAGUCCACUUGGAAGCCAAGGAGCUGUGGGAGCUCUUCCACAAGCGGGGCACCGAAAUGGUGAUCACCAAAUCUGGAAGGCGGAUGUUCCCCCCUUUCAAGGUGAGGUGCACCGGCCUGGACAAGAAGGCCAAGUACAUCCUCCUGAUGGACAUCGUGGCGGCGGACGACUGCAGGUACAAGUUCCACAACUCCCGCUGGAUGGUGGCGGGCAAGGCCGACCCGGAGAUGCCCAAGAGGAUGUACAUCCACCCGGACAGCCCCGCCACCGGCGAGCAGUGGAUGUCCAAAGUGGUCAACUUCCACAAGCUCAAGCUGACCAACAACAUCUCCGACAAGCAUGGAUUUGUAAGUUCUACUAAUACCAUAUUGAACUCCAUGCACAAAUAUCAGCCUCGCUUUCACAUCGUGAGGGCGAACGACAUCCUCAAGCUGCCCUACAGCACCUUCAGGACGUACGUCUUCCCGGAGACGGACUUCAUCGCGGUGACUGCUUAUCAGAACGACAAAAUAACUCAACUUAAAAUUGACCAUAACCCUUUUGCCAAAGGCUUCCGUGACACAGGCAAUGGUCGACGGGAAAAAAGGAAACAAUUGGCCCUGCAGUCCAUUCGCUCCUAUGAGGAGCAGCAGAAGAAGGAGAACGGAGCUUCGGACGACUCCUCAGGAGAGCAGGCCCCCUUCAAAUGCUUCGGGCAGGCCUCCUCCCCUGCAGUGUCGACCGUGGGGCCCCCACACCUGAAAGACUUCUGCGACAGCGACGAGGACAGUGACGACGAGAGCAAAGAUGGCCACGUCAAAGACGGCGCGGACUCCAGCAAGAUCUCCACCACGACGGAGGACGGCAAAGAUCACGAGUCCAGCCCGGCGAAGAGCCACCUGUUCGGGGGAGGAGGAGUUGGAGGAGGAGGGGGCGGCGGCGGCGGCGGCGGAGACCCCAGCGGGCGAAUCCGUGACGGCAGCCCGAGGACAGAGCGAGGCCGCUCGGACUCCCGACAAAGCCCCGUCACCGUCAUCUCCAGCACGACUCGCUCCGGGGAGGACGUGAAGAGCCCGAGUUUGGAGCCGGCCAAGGAGGACGAUUGCCGGCCACUGGGCAAGGACUCGUUCGUGCCUCUGAGCGUGCAGACGGAGGGCGCCCACAUGGGCCACAGCCACCUGCCCAACUUCGGAUUUCCCAGCGGGUUGACGGGACAGCAGUUUUUCAACCACUUAGGCGGCGCGCACCCGUUCCUCCUCCACCCGGGCCAGUUCAACAUGGGGGGCGCCUUCUCAAACAUGGCCGCGGGGAUGGGGCCUCUGCUGGCGGCCGUGUCCACGGGAGGGGUGAGCACCAUGGACACCAGCAGCAUGGCGUCCUCGGCUGGAGCUUCGGGCCUGCCCUUCCAUCUGCAGCAACACGUCCUGGCCUCGCAGGGCCUGGCCAUGUCCCCCUUCGGAAGUCUCUUCCCCUAUCCCUACACGUAUAUGGCGGCGGCAGCGGCGGCGUCAUCCGCCGCAGCCGCAGCAGCCGCCGCCUCCUCGUCAUCGACCUCGUCUGUGCACCGGCACCCCUUCCUGAACGCGGUGCGCCCCCGACUCAGGUACAACCCCUACUCCCUGCCCAUGACGGUACCGGACAGCACCCUGCUCACCACCGCCGCCAUGCCCCCCCUGGCAGGGGCUGACCUAAAGGGGGACGCCCUGAUCCCGUCCAGCCCCGUGUCGGCAGGCGGUGUCACGCUGGACUCCACGUCGGAGGUGACGAGUCGCACGAGUCGCUCGGUGUCGCCCAAAACUUGCACGGAGAAAGAGGGCGCCAGCGAGCUGCAGAGCAUUCAACGCCUGGUCAGCGGACUGGACUCGCACCAGGACAGGUCAAGAAGCGGCUCGCCUUAAGGGGGACGCCUGCACCCCCCGCCCCUCAACACCCCUUUUUCCCCUCAACUACACUUUUUAUUUACCAUUUUCAUUUUCGACGCAUCCCAAAUGUUGGAAAUGAUGAACAGGAGAUGAAUGCAGAUUUUUGAAAGGAAAAAGAACUGUUUUAGUUUCUGAAAUGCACUUUGGUUUAAUACACAUCUGUAUUUUUUUUCUUUUCUUGUUAAAUUAAAAAAAAAACACUUAACCUGUCAUUUUGAAUACCGUACAAGUAUUGUAAGUGAAAAGUGGUCAUUGGGGGGUUGGGACAUUUUUUUUUUUUUUAAGUUGCUGCUGACUCCUAACUUCAUACUUACACACGAUAAAAGUGUUUUUUUUAAUGUACUUUCCCAAUAUGCACUCUGAAUUUACACAUUUCCACUAAACAUAACCUACCUUUAA